AUGACGGAAGAAGAGUCUCGAAUUCCUCCGCUGACAUAUUACUGCUACCAAUCCGUCUAUGCGCAUAUCGACCGGUUAUCGUCUCUCGGUCGCUUACCUUACAAGCUCAUCAAACCGGUCUUAUUCGCCGUCGACGCAGACACCCUAAAGCACCUCGAACAGGGCUAUGAUGACUGGCAACGCAAUGAGUAUCUUGACCCCACCGACGGUUCGCACUCACGACGGAACGCCAAAACGCGGUUAGCCGCGCCAGCGAUCGGGUAUCACGGUUUCGCGUCGCGCAAGAAACGGAUCAACGCAAGGCGAAACUCGUUCACGAUCUACCUCCGACAAGAAGACGAGGAAACAACCCGCGUGGGUACCCUGACGCCCUCUUCCUACCUCUGUUUCGUCUUCAUUGACCUCCCAUAUGCUGCCUUUCGGAAAGUCGUCGCCGAUACACGAAAGAUGUCCAUAGCUGCACCCAACCAGCAGGCCGUUCACAGACCUUACCCUAUGCCCAACUUUAGACCUCCUUCGACGAUGCCUAUCAGAACAGAACCCACUCAUCAGUCUCGAUCCAAGGGAUCCCCUCAUCCGCGUUCUUCGCAAUCCACUCUGUUCAUUCCAAAGUCGCGUCCAUGA